GCUUCGGAUUAAGCACGUAGAGAAGUGCAUGGAAGUUAAGUGUACUCUGAACCAACUUCAAGAUCCAUUAGAGUGUUUGAUCAUGAUUGAUGCACUCCAACGCUUGGGCAUCGAUUAUUACUUCGAACACGAUAUCAAAACAACCCUAGCCAACAAGCUAAUUUGUGGAAGUAGCCAACAUCAUAAUUUGCAUGAUGUUGCACUUCACUUCAGAUUGUUAAGGCAAUCUGGUUAUUGGGUUCCUACAGAUGUGUUUAGUAGCUUCAAGGAUAAGAAGGGACACUUCAAAGUAGAAGUAAGAGAAGACAUUAGAGGAUUGAUGAGCUUAUACGAAGCUUCACACCUCGGAUUCAAGGAAGAAGAAGAGAUUCUCGAUGAAGCACAUGACUAUGCUCGGAUGCAUCUUAAUGCUUCCCUAAUGAACCUCCAACCAAAUUUAGCUAGAGCUGUAAAGGACACCCUGGAGAAUCCCUAUCAUAUGAGCUUGGCUAGAUUCCAAAGCAAAUGCUGCUAUCUCCAAAAUUUCCAUGGCACGUAUGGAUGGAUGGGUCUCUUACAGCAACUUUGGAAGAUGGAUUUUAAUAUUGUCCAAUCCAUACAUCGACAUGAACUCCUUCAGAUUUUUAAGUGGUGGAGAGAAGUGGGUCUAUCAGAGGAGCUGAAGUUUGCUAGAAACCAACCAUUAAAAUGGUACAUGUGGCCCAUGAUGGUCCUUCCGGAUCCAAAGUUCUCAGAGCUUAGAAUUGAGAUGACGAAAAUCAUCUCACUUGUCUACGUGAUAGAUGAUAUUUUCGAUGUUCGAGGGACAUUGGACGAACUUGUUCUCUUUACUGAUGCAAUCAACAAAUGGGAAGCCACUGCCAUCGAGCGACUACCAAACUACAUGAAAAUCUGUUUCAAGGUUCUUGACGAAAUCACCAAUGAAAUUUCUGAUGAGGUCCUCAAAGAACAUGGGUGGAACCCCGUACAUUCACUUAGGAAGGCGUGGAGGAGCCUUUUUGAUGCGUUUCUGGUGGAAACAAAAUGGUUUGCUUCAAAGCAGGUGCCCAAAGCAGAGGAUUACCUGGAGAAUGGGGUGGUGAGCUCAGGAGUGCAUGUGGUGUUACUUCAUGGGUUCUUUCUCCUUGGCGAAGGUAUAACUAGGGAGACUAUAGAUCGGGUAGAACAGAGUCCAGGCCCAGCUCUCAUGUCUUGCCCGGCCACAAUUCUUCGUUUAUGGGAUGACUUGGGAAGUGCAAAGGAUGAGGAGCAAGAUGGUCAUGAUGGAUCAUACUUAGAGUGCUACUUGAAGGAACAUAAGCAGGCCUCUUCAAUGGAGAGUGCACGAAAACAUGUUUUUGAUUUGAUUUCAGAUUCAUGGAAGCAACUCAACCGGGAAACCCUAGAAUGGAACACUUUCUCACCCUCUCUUAUGAGGGUCUCACUUAAUUCUGCAAGGAUGGUCAGUGUGAUGUAUGGUUAUGAUGAUAAUCAACGUCUUCCAGCUCUUGAAGAGUAUAUCAACUCAUUGCUCCAUGAGAGUAUUCCUCUGUAA